CAAUCAAUAUUUAGGGUUUCUCCCUAUCUUUGAAUACUAAAUAUUUAGGGUAUGUUUGGAUUGAUAGAAUAGGGUGGAAUGAAGCGGAAUGGAAUGAAAUAAGUUUAUCUUCCAUUGUUUUCAUCAUUUUUUUUUACCUUUCGAUUUGGGCGGAAUGAAAAAAUUACUCUAUUUUAUCACGAAGUAUCCAAAUAAUAGAAUGACGUAUUUAUUCCAUUCCACUCCAGUUCCGCUCUAUUUCAUCCCGCUCUAUUCCGCUCCGUACUUUUUAUUGUAUCCAAACAUAGUUAGGGUUUCUCUAAUAAAUAAAUAUUAGAUUAUCAAUGGAACUUUUGUAUAAUGAUAGUUGAUUCUUUUAUUUUUUACAGACAUUGUCUACUAUACUUUAGAAGCAUCGGAUCGGAGGCAUGUCUAGGAUAUUUGUGAACAAUUUGCCUAAAUAUGUUGCGGAGGAUCGACUUAGAGAAUUCUUUUCUCAGAAAGGAGAAAUAACUGAUGUCAAUCUGCCUACCAAGAACGGAAAAAGUCGCCAAUUUGCCUAUAUUGGCUUUCGGACAGACCAGCAAGCUCAGGAAGCCAUUCAAUAUUUUAAUAAAUCUUACCUUGACACCAGAAGAAUUACCUGUCAGUUGUCUCUGAAACGCAGUGAUGCAAAUCUUCCACGUCCGUGGAGUCGGCAUUCAACAAAGGAGGGCAAUAAAGUGAUCACCCCAAAUGCAAAAGAUCAUGCUAGAGCUAAAGGGCAAGAAGACAAUGCUAAGGACAUUGAUGACCCCAAGCUUCAAGAUUUUCUUCAGGUCAUGCAACCUCGCGCAAACUCUAAGCUCUGGGGAAACGAUACUACAAUUGUAUCCAACGAUGCUAACAACCAAACAACAUUGAAUAAAGAGACUCAUGGUACAUCAAUUGCAAACCAUCCUAUCUUAAGCGAUGCACAAGCAGUUGAUGAUAAAGUAAUGACUGAUAUGGAUUAUUUCCAGAGUAGAGUGAUAACAGAGUGGUCUGAUUCUGUAAGCAGCGAUGAUGAAAAUAACAUUGACAACAGUCAUUCAGAAUCUGCUGAUGACGAUGACAAAGAUAACCGUUGUCAUGGUAGUGAACGUGAAGAAGAAGAUUGUGGUAAUAACCCUUCAGAAAGAAACCCGAGAAGUGGUGCUCAAGAGUUAGAUACUUUUGGAGAGGAUGUUGCCAACGAUAAGUUUCAAGUGAGUGCAACUGAGGAUAAGAAAGAAGUUUCUGAGGCAUAUCGACUGUUUGUCCGUAAUCUGCCAUACACGACCACGGACGAGGAGCUGGAAGAGCAUUUCAGUCAGUUUGGUGGUUUCUCACACGUUCAUUUAGUUGUUGAUAAGGAAACAAACCGAUCCAAGGGAAGGGCUUAUAUUCAUUUCACAGCUCCAGAUUCUGCAGCCAGGGCGUUACAAGAGUCGGACAAUUCAAUCUUCCAAGGGAGAUUAUUACAUGUUAUGCCAGCUAUACAAAGACCUUCAAGCAAUGAAAAGAAAAAUGUUUCCAAGGACCAAGGAACAAAAACUCUCAAACAGCGAAGACAACAAGAGAGGAAAGCAAGUGAAGCUAGUGGAGAUACCAGAGCAUGGAAUAGUCUGUUUAUGCGCCCUGAUACAAUUGUAGAAAAUAUUACUCGGAAAUAUGGUGUUAGUAAAAGUGAUUUACUGGAUCGAGAAGCUGAUGAUCCUGCUCUAAGUAUUGCUCUGGGAGAAACACAAGUGAUUUCAGAAACAAAAAAUGCAUUUAAAAAAGCUGGAGUAAACGUGGAAGCUUUGGAGGAGCUUGCGAAGGGUAAAGUUGAUGGCAUUACAAGAAGUAACAAUGUAAUUUUAGCGAAGAAUCUGCCCUAUAGCGCUACCAAAAAUGAACUUGCAAAGAUGUUUGGGGAAUUUGGUAGUUUGGAUAAAAUAAUUCUCCCCUCCACAAAAACAUUGGCCCUGGUUGUUUUCCUUGAAGCAGCAGAAGCUAAAGCUGCUUUUAGAGGUUUAGCUUACAAGCGUUACAAGGAUGCUCCCUUAUACUUGGAGUGGGCUCCUUCCAAUGUUCUUAGCGACAACGAGAUGAAUAGUGGAAUUGGUGAAAAGGAUGUCAAGCGACAGAUGCUGGAGCAAGAUGUGGAAAGAAUAUCCGAUGUGGAAAUUGAUCCAGACAGAGCUCGGUCCGUGUUUGUCAAGAACCUAAGUUUCAAGACAACAGAAGAGGGUUUGAGGAAACAUUUCAGUGAACACAUGAAAGAGGGGAAAAUUUUGAGUGUCAAGGUGAAGAAGCAUUUGAGAAAUGGAAAAAAUGUUUCUAUGGGGUAUGGAUUUGUUGAGUUUGACUCCACAGAGACUGCUACAAGUGUUUGCAGCGAUUUACAGGGGACUGUUUUGGACGGUCAUGCUCAUAUUUUACAACUUUGUCGUGUCAAGAAUGAUGCUAAAGUAGAAAAGAGAGUUGAGAAAAACAAGAGUUCAACUAAGUUGCUUGUGAAAAAUGUUGCUUUUGAGGCAACAAAGAAGGAUCUGAGACAAUUGUUUAGUCCGUUUGGGCAGAUUAAAAGUUUAAAAUUGCCGAUGAGGUUUGGAAAGUAUAGAGGCUUUGCUUUUGUGGAGUAUGUAACCCAGCAGGAGGCACAAAAUGCUCUUACAGCUCUCUCCAGCACCCACUUGUAUGGCAGACAUCUUGUGAUAGAGAGAGCGGAAGAAGGUAAAAGUUUGGAGGAACUGCGGGCUCAAACUGCAGCUCAAUUUAAUCAACAUAGCGGAUAUCAAUAUGCUAAUAACUUAUCCAAGAAAAGGAAAGCCAUCGGUAUGGUUGAUGAAGAAAACAUCAAGUUUGGAAGGUUUGAUUAGUGAAUAUAGAAAAAGUUUGAAUGGCAGUAGGAUAUAGUUUUCGGUUGAAAACCUGAAAAAAUGUUACCCUUGUUUUGGUAUUAUUAAAGACUCAAUUUAGAAGAGGUAUAUAUAUCACAACAUUUUUAUACCUGCUUAAAUCCCUCUUUGAAAUUCCACUUAAGCCUAUCAUAGGCUAUCUCAAGCUUUAGAUGGUCUAGGUUAAAUGCUACCACCAACAAUAUUGAUUUUUUUUAGUUAUCAUCCGUCCAUCAUCACCAAGGCAAAUCAAGUGUUGUGCUAACUCAUUUUGUGAUAAGUCGUUAAAUAUUUUAAAAAUAAAAUAAAAUCAUAAAAUCUUUUUGCAAACCAAACAUGGCUAAGAUGUAGGAGUGAGUAUAAAGAGAACAUGGUCAAGGCAGAGUACAAUAUUCUUUAAAUGGAAAUGAAUGCUGCAAAUAGAAAAUCUUA